GACUCUCAUUUUCAGUCUGGUACUUCCUUUUAUUCUACACUACAGCUUCAUCAUUCAGCUCAUCACAGAUAUCAGAUGUUGUCAUCCACUUUAUACCCCAUAAGUGCCACCGUUGACGGACGAAUAAUACUUGAUAGGGGCUGUGCUGGAACCCAUCCCUUGACAGGUGUAAUAUUAGGCUACACAUCUUCCUCAGUUCCGCAGAUCAAGUUUCAAACAGGAUUCCCCAGGUAAGAUGCUUAAGGGGCGUUGAUGUCAUUGUACGGAAGUGAGUUGGACCACACUUCUGGACACAGAUAGCAGUGCCACUGAAGACAAGGAGGACAACGUGGGAGUUUCAACAGGAAUUCAGACUGAGCUGGACCAUCGAGGUGAUUUGGGAUGUCGCACCAGACGGGUAUUCAUGCAACUCCCGACUUGAGAGAGUUCCUCGUGAAGGCGAGAAGGGGCGCUGUCAGAGUGGUGAAGAUUGUUAUAAGGAGCGAACAGCUGGUGUUGGGAGCGUACAGAGAGGUGUGUCAGAGCUGGGAUCAGGACUAUGACGCAUGUGUCCUGCCCAUACUGGACGGUCUGGAACCCUGCUAUAUCCUUUAUCGCCUCGACUCACAGAACCAGCUGGGAUAUGAGUGGCUGUUUAUCUCUUGGUCGCCAGACCAGUCACCAGUGAGGUUAAAGAUGGUGUACGCUGCAACCCGUGCCACACUGAAGAAAGAGUUGAGGAAGUCACCUGAAAGAUGA